AUGCCGCUCAAGCGGGCGCGCGAGUGGAGCCUCGAGGAGGCCGCGGGGGCGCCCUACGACCUCCAGGAGCUGGCAGGCCCCUUCCUGGCCGGCCGCGCCAUGGUGGCCUACAGGUCACUGUCAGAGGGCUGGCUGACGGGCGGAGCGGUGCACGCGUUGACGCUGGCGAAAAAUGGGGUCCCGCAGUUCAUGGCCCUGGAUAUCCCUGAGGCGCCCCAGGUGCAGGCCGCGCUCGACGCGCUGGGGGAAGCCAACAGCACCCUGUCGGAGGCGGCACUCGACCCCAAGGGCCGCCCAGGCAUCCGCGAUUACCACGCAGCGUAUGUCUCAGGCGCCGCAUCCCCUGUGCAAGUGGCGGAGGCCAUCAUCGGCUUCGUGUCUCGAGAGCAGGGCGCAGCCAACUGGCUCAGCGACUUCGACCCGGAGCACCUGCGUGCGCAGGCGGCGGCGUCUGCGGCACGCUAUGCGGCUGGGGCGCCGCUGAGCGUGCUGGACGGCGUGCCCUUUGCUGUGAAGGACGCUGUGGAUGCUUUCCCCCUCAGGACCGGCCAUGGAACCUCAUUUCUUGGGGACAUGGACGGCCCGGUGGCGGACGUGGCCUUGGAGGCGCCGUGCGUGGCGGCACUGCGCAGCCUGGGGGCAGUGUGUGUCGGCAAGACGCAGAUGCAGGAGUUUGGCCUGCUGCCGACAGGCCUCAACCCCCGGCUGGGCCUGACGCGCAACCCCCACCACCUAAGCCGUAUCGCUGGCGGGUCCAGCGGCGGCAGCGCAUGCGUGGUGGCAGCUGGCGUGUGUGCGUUUGCCAUUGGCACUGAUGGUGGCGGCUCCGUGCGCAUCCCGGCCUCCCUCUGUGGAGUUGUGGGCCUCAAGCCCACCCAGGGCCGCAUGGCUUCAGACGCAGGGACCUGCGCCCUCAUCACCCUGGGACCCCUGGCGACCAGCGUGGGUGAUGCCAUGAUCGUGUAUGCGGCCAUGGCCUGCCCGGGAUCGUGCGCACUCUCGCCCCUCAAGCCCGCGGCAGCCCCCGGAAUCGGUGAGGGCAGCGGGCUCGCUGCCGCGCGCACAGCAGAGCAGGCACAGGCGGAAGUGGACGCCGCUGCAGCGGCCGUCAAGGCCGCGGCAGCCGCGCCGUUCCCAGAGGCGGCUAUGGGGGAGGACGCGGCGACGCGGCCCCCGCUGGUGCUGCCACGGCGGUUGCUGGCUGAGGGUGUGGACGGCUCCAGCCAGGACGCGCUGAGUGCGGCCCAGCCGCUGGCGGGCCUGAGGGUCGGCGUAUUCAAGCCGUGGUUUGAUGACUCAGAGCCGGCCGUGGCGGAGGCCGCGCGCGGCGGGAUGGGCCUGCUGUCCCGCCUGGGGGCCGAGGUGGUGGCCAUCACCCUGCCAGAGCUGGAGCAGCUGCGCGUGGCCAGCAGCUGCAUCAUCCUGACAGAAAUGUUCGGCACCACCCGCAGCGUCUAUGAGGACCCGCAGCUGCGGCCCCAGCUGAACGAGGACUCCCGCAUCAUGCUGUCACUGGCCUCGCGCCUGCUGGCAUCCCACUACACCCAGGGUCUGCGUGUGCGGCGGCGCCAAUCGCACCACUGGGCGCGCGCUUUCGAGUCAUGCGAUGUCAUUGCGACACCGGGGACCGCUGCCGUGGCUCACGAGAUUGCGCAGGGCGCCGGGGACUCAGGCUUCAUGCACCUGCCCAGCACCGCCAAGCUGUUGCGCUACUCCAUCCAGGCCAACGUCCUGGGCCUGCCCGCGCUGGUGGUGCCUGUUGGCGCCGUGCAGGAGGGCGGCGCGCGCCUGCCGACUUCGCUGCAGCUCAUAGGGCGGCCGUGGCAGGAGGCGACGCUGAUGCGCGUGGGGGCGGUGCUGGAGGCGGCGUUGGCGGCGGGCGGCGGCGGGGCGCCGCCGCCGGCGCUGAGGAUGCCCAAUCCCCUGUCAAAGCCGGAAGCUGGCUCACCUUAA